AUGGAAGCUGAUUUCAAUGCUUUUGCUGAAUCACUAUCAGCUUCCUCCGAAGAAGAUGAUGAUUUUUCUACGGCUGAAAAUAGUUCAGAUGAUUCCGAUGACGCUAGCAGCAGCGCACAGCAGCAACAAAUGAACAAACAGCUCUGCAGCACGAGAAACGCGAUGAACAUAAAUAAUCCUACAAACUUGGUGCAUAAAAUAUACAAUAGGGAGCGUACUGAUAAUUUUCGGGUAGAACGCGGUCAGACCAUGCACAACAACGUGCUUAUGAGCAAGGUGCAAAUAGAUAAGAUUUUGCUCAUGAUAUUGUGCCGAAAUGCUUCUACAAGGACUUCACUAUUAGUACUACUGCAAAAUGUAUUUGUGUAUAUAUAA